AUGCCACAAAAUCUUACGCGCGAUUGCCUGAGCGUCCACGACCAGCAAGUGCUUGAUUCCAUUUUUAAUCCACUGGCUAUGACAUCGAGCGUGGUGCAGGCAAUAGAACCAGAGGCGAAUGCUGAGCUGCUGGAUAUCGAAGAGAACAGCGCCGAAGUGCAGCAGUCGAAGGCGCUCGAAAUAAGUGCUAUCAAGUUGGCAGAGGAGGGCCAGCUUUCGAAGGCAUUGCAGGCAUUUGAGCAGGCGCUGAAUGUGGCUCCAACACGUGCCUCUAUUUAUAAUAAUCGCGCGCAGGCGCUACGACUCGCCGGUCGAGAUGAGGGUGAGUGUUUAGCUGAACUCAGCCGUUUUGUUUCGUAUUGU